GCAACAUUCUUCUGACGAGCUACUGACUAAGGAAGUGGCCUUUUACUGAUUUUUUUUUUUUAGUUAUGAUGAUUGUAUGGCGUUAGACAGGUUAAUUGUCUCUUUUUUAUCGUUUUGAUCGCGCAUGUUUAAUUGCAUCGUUCCGUUGAUCUCUGUUGAACUGUAUCAUUAUCCGCUCGGUCGCGAUGACAGUCACUGUGAUCAUCUGUAACUAAUGAAUGAACCGACAACAUCUGACCUAUUAUACCAGAAACUGGCAUAUUUAACUGUAGCCACUGUUAGUGUAAGUAAGUUACUUGAACCAAGAUCCCGGAAAAAUCGAAGGUAAAUUGUUUAAUUUGACGCUAUUUAGCAGCUCCCGACAAAACGAUUUGAAUAACGUUGCAUGUGCAGGACAAGCGAUAAAGUAAUAUAUUUAAAAAAAAACAAUAUAACCGCUCUUCAUCGUAAUGGAUUACAUACAAAUGGCCAGAUCAGUGGAAGACCGUCUGUUGAGCUACAGAAAAGACGAGUCCGGAUGGAAAACGUGCAAGAAAAAUAAUGAUGUUGUGGUGUGUUGGAGACCCUCUUGUGAAUUCGCGGGAUAUGUGUAUAAGGGUGAGGGGAUUGUCAAUGGCAGUCCAGAGAAGGUGUGGGACUGCUUGAAACCUGAAAUAAAUGGGCUACGUGUAAAAUGGGAUGCUAAUAUAAAAAAGUUUGAGCUGCUUGAGCAGGUGUCUUCGGAUGUUUCGAUCUGUCGAACAGUCACACCUUCGGCUGCUAUGGGUAUUAUAUCACCUCGAGAUUUUGUUGAUGUCAUUUCCGUUAAACGCUAUGAGGAUGGCACGGUUUCAUCAAAUGCUACCAAUGUAAGCCAUCCAAACUGUCCUCCUCAACCUGGCUACGUCAGAGGCUUCAACCAUCCGUGUGGCUGCUUUUGUGUUCCUGUUCCUGGGGAACCAGGCAAAACGCAGCUGUUCAGCUUUUUCCAGACUGAUCUUGGAGGUCUGCUUCCUCGUUCGGUUGUCGAUUCAUUUUUCCCCAGUAGUAUGGUGGAGUUUUACAGCAACCUGACCAAAGCCGUAAAAACGCUGAAAUAGCACCAAUGGCACUUUAUAGAUAAUAACCCCCUUUAAACUUAAAUGUGACCCUGGAGCACAAAACCAGUUUCUGUCGCUGGGAUAUAUACUUUUAGCAAUAGCCAAAAAUACAUUGUAUGGGUCAAAAUUAUAGAUUUUUCUUUUAUGCAAAAAAUCAUUAGGAUAUUAAGUAAAGAUCAUGUUCUAUGAAGAUAUUUAGUAAAUUUCCUACCAUAACUAUAUCAAAACUUAAUUUUUGAUUAGCAGUAUGCAUUGCUAAUAAUUAAUUUGGACAAAUUUAAAAGCGAUUUUUCUCAGUAUUUAGAUUUUUUUGCACCCUCAGAUUCCAGAUUUUAAAAUAGUUGUAUCUCUGCCAAAUAUUAUCCAAGCUUAAUAAACCUUACAUCAAUGAAAACUUAUUUAUUCAGCUUUCAGUUGAUGUAUAAAUCUCAAUAAAAAAUUUACACUUAAGACUGGUUUUGUGGUCCAGGGUCACAAAUACCUAAUUGCAUUAAAUCAAGCUUUAGUGGAAAGUGAGUUUACUGUACUUUUAGAUUUAUUCCUGAUUCUUCCGAUAGUUACACGUGUCCAAACACACCUGCACAUAGGCCAUUUUAUACAGAGUUAAGAGUACUGGAACAUUUUGUUUGACAUAUUAUUUCAGAAAAUCUGAGAACUUUUGCACAAAAGAAUUAUACAUUUAUGCAUUUGGCAGAUACUCUUACAGGCUUUCUGCAGAUUUUAGGCUUAAUUCACUUUUACACAAUGAAUAUUUUCCUCAUUAUUUUUGUCUUGAUAUUUUUGCCGAUCAAAUAUCUCAACAUCCUAAAUCACGAUACAGUUACUUGAGAUGCAGAAUUAAUAUAUGAAGUCUGAAACUGAACUUAAUGCCACAAAAUUAAUUGAGUUUAUGCUUAAAAAAGGAAAUAUUUGUCAGAGGGGUCUGAAAUUGAUCUAUUUUUGUUCAAAUAUAUCCAAACUCCAUUUGGGUGUAUUUCUCAGAAACAGAUCACUUUGCUUCUUGAUUUAAAAAAAUUUUUAGAACCUUGUACCACAGAACAAGACACAAUAACUGAGAAAUAGCAUCUCUUUUUUUUUUUUUUUUUUUGCAGUGUAAUCCGAAGCUACAGUGAAAGUUAUUUCCAUACUCUUGGUUGGGAACAGAAGUAUUUAAGCCAUAAGCUUUUUAUUUGAGUCACAGAGCUCUUGAUAGACAUUUGAAGUAUUUCUAUAUUUGAAUAGAGAUAUUUUAGUGCAUAAAAGGCUUUGGCAGAUCAAUGUUUACUGACAGACACAUAUCUUCAGACCAAUUUGAAGAAUUGCAAUCGCUGCUGUUCUCGGUUAACACAGCUGAGUUUAUGUACUGUAUUUUUGAGACUGACAAAAAAGGCCAGAACAAUCAUGAUAGAAUUAUGAUGAGGGAUGUUAGAUAUAAUGAUAAAAGACCAGCAGGCUCAAGGUUUAGCUGGUUAGCAUGACCCCAGUGACCCUGCUGGUGAUUAUUUAACCAGUAUAAAGCUUUUUUCUCCACUGAUGGCCAAUCGAAAGUAUCCUCGUGUUUGUGUAUCCAAGUAUCCUCAUCCACUUGGUCCUGUGCCAGCCAGAUGAGCAACUGCCAUUAAGAUGAAUGAGAAUUCUAGUAGAACAGGGAGUUGAGUGGAAUCCUGUGUGGAAUCAGAGUCAAUAAGAAUGACCACAUUUUUUUAGUUCCUGAGUAUGAAUUGAGGUCGAGAACAUGAUGCUGAAUUUGAAUUAGAAUUUACUGUAAUUUAUGUAAGAUUAAUUAAACAAGUGACUGAAUGAAAUGUAAAGAAAUCAUCUGAAAUAUUAAAAAAUAAUAUUUAAUAUAGUAUAUUAUGUACUUAAUAAAUUAACUGAUGAACCAUGAUGAACCAUGGAAGAAAGUUAAAAGAGAUAGUUUACCAAACAAUUCUGCCAUCAUUUACUCAAACUUAAGUUAUUCCAAAAUGUAAAUGAGAUUCUGUAUUCUUGCUGAAGACAAAAUAUAUUUAGAGGAAUGUAGGUAAACCAAAUUAUGGCUGGUAGCCAUUGACUUCCGUAGUGUAAAAAAACAAACAAACAAUGGAAGUAAAUGGCUACCAGCAACUGUUUGGUUCAGACUCAUACAGGUUUGGUGUGAAAUCUCCCUUUAAUUUCCCCAAAUGCUCAAAUUUUCCCAAAAGUCUAAAUGAUUGUUUGGCUAAAAUGUUCCUUUGUUGUUUGAUUUGUAUUUGAAUUUUAAAUCUAAUUUCAAAUUCUAUUCAAAUUUUGCAUCCUGUGAGGCGUGGCCAGUUUAAUUUAAAUUUACAUGCAUGGAAUAAAAGGGAGUGCAUUUUUUUAAAAUGAUCGUUUUGCCCAACCUUUUUAAAACAUUAAAAAAAUAUGGAAAUUAUGAUUUUUUUCUUUUCCAUAGAAAUAGUAGAAAUUAAUCCUAUUUUGGCCUUUUAUCUCUGCUUGUAAUCGCACGUGGACAAAGGGACUGUUAAUAUAUCAUAUACGACUGACCUCAGAGAGAACCCAGUGUGUGUUGUGUGAAUUCUUGACCUCUUCAAAUUACUGUUUGCCCUUUUGUGUCUAGCUGCACGAUUGUCCUCCUGACAUGUGUCUCAACCAGUAGGUACUUAGUGUUUUUAUGCCUGUAUGCUGUUAGUGAAAUUACUGUGAAUGCAUGCUUAUGGCCUGAAAAUGUGUGCUUUUUUAUACUGUAAAUGAGCAGUAUGCUCUAGUGCAUUUCAGGAUUAUUUUGGGAGUCUAGAUUUUACAUCAGUUUUUGCAAGAAAUGUGUGCUUGACUUUACUAGUAUUGUGCAAAGUUCUCUGUAUGUUUUAAUAACACAUUUACAUUCCGAAAGCAGUGUGUCAGUUCAGUUCAGUUCAGUGAGAGUUUUUGAUUAUUCCAGAUUUGACAUUUUCUUGAAAUCAACAUGAAAUGUCAUUUGCAAGUCAUUUUACUUCUAUAAACUGAUGUAUUUAGAAGAAAACAUUUGCCGGUACUUGAUUUUAUCCUCCUGAAAGUGAUUGGAUCAUGAAAAAAGGGGCGGUACAAACCAGAAUGGAGGCAGAUGAUUGGAUGGGACAAGUCGGGUUCGUAACGGGCGAAGCAAGCCAGUGUAUUUUCACAAUACAUCAUUUUUAAUAACAUGCAGUGAUAGACCUAGAAAUGUGCAUUGAAAUCAGGUCAUUUCUCAUUUCAUGUUGAUUUCAAAUGUGUUUUUAGUGUGUUUUUGCUCAGUGCUGUUUUUUAUGUCCACCUGCCAUUGACCGUGGGACGUCUGUGUACUGUUUGUUAAUACUUAAUACAAAAAAAUUGCACUUUGUAAAACCCAUUGUAUGAUUCACCUUUUAGAUUCUGUUUUCAGAUAUAAAAAAAAUGACUGAUGACAAUA